AUGACUACUCAAUAUAAAACCGAUGUUCGACGCGCCACCGAAGAGGCCACGGUUUUCCUCAACAAGAAUCUUCAACAUAGCUCAGAUGAUUAUUUAGAUGCAUGGAUCUUCGACGUAGAUGAUACCCUUCUUUCCACUGUACCAUAUUAUGAAAAGUACCACUUUGGCAAUAAUGAUUGCGGAGAAGAGAUGCAAAACAAUGCAGUUUUGUUGGAGACAUGGAUGAAAGAGGCAAAGGCUCCAGCUGUUGAAUAUAUGGUUGAACUUUUUCACAAAAUCAAAGGGAAAGGAUUAAAGAUCCUUCUCAUUUCGUCUCGUAAAGAGCAUUUAAGAGGUGUCACCGUUGAUAACCUUGCGAAGGCUGGAUAUUAUGAUUGA